UCCGUUGAAGUGCACUGCCUUGCCGGGGUUCUCUUCCUCGACACGGACGACUGCACCUCGGCUUCUCAGGUCACUCAGACGGAACGGACAGAGUCGAGGUCCGACUGGAGUCUCAGUGUGUGGAGAAGAAGAGCUCGUCAGGGAGACGACAAUUUCGUGGUGGCCUGUCGUGUUGCCCGACGUGCGUCACUUCGUGUGUGCGGUCACAGGCCUACAGCGAGCCCUGAGACCGGUCAUUUAAAGAGAUAG